UAUCUCGAAUAUGUAGCAUAUUAUUUCUCUAAACAUGUAAGCAAUUCUUGUUUAUGUAGGUUAAAAAAAUGAAACACCGCAUAACGCCUAUAAAUUUUUUAAGAAAGAACUGGCUUCUAGUUGGCAUAUUAUGUUGUAUUUUUGUAGCAGGCAUUUAUCCAAAACUAGGCUCGAAGGAGGGUCCUUUACAUACAGAUUACUCCGUGAAAUAUGGGGCAGUCUUUAUAAUUUUUCUUGUUAGCGGUUUGUCUUUAAAAACUGACAGUAUUUUUCGCACAUUCCAACAGUAUAAGCUACAUUUAUUUAUCCAGCUUUUCACAUUCGUUUUUAUACCACUUUAUACACAAGUUUUUAUUAAGAUAUUAUCCAUCUUUGGCAUAAACUCAUGGGUUCUCAAAGGGUUAAUAACAGUGGCGUGUAUGCCACCACCAGUAUCGAGUGCCGUUAUUUUAACAAGAGCAGCCCAAGGAAAUGAAACAGCUGCCAUUUUAAACUCAGUUUUAGGAAGCUUUAUAGGAAUUAUAAUCACCCCUUUAUCACUACUUUUUAAUUUAGGAUCGACGACAAUAGUACCUCUAUUGGGCACAAUAAUUCAACUGACUACAACCGUUCUGAUGCCGUUGUUGCUCGGUCAAAGCAUAAAAGCAUUUACGAAUUUCAGAGGGCACAGGCUUCCCCUAAACACAGUCAGCCAAUGUGCCCUGCUCUUUGUGAUAUACACAACAUUUUGCGACACUUUUCUAGUGCCGGAGACUGGCCUGUCCGCUUUAGACGUCAUUUUCACCGUGUUUUCAGUGUUGAUACUUCAACUGACUCUAAUGGGACUCAGCUUUAAAAUCUCUAGGUAUUUCAAGAGGUUAUAUUCAGCGCAAGACGUUAUUGCUAUCGUGUUCUGUUCCACACAUAAAUCAUUGACGUUAGGCAUCCCAAUUUUGAGGAUAAUGUUCCAUGGCUACGCCCACCUCAGCCAGAUCAGCCUGCCGUUGCUGGUGUAUCAUCCAACGCAGAUAAUCCUAGGCGGUUUGAUGGUGUCACACCUGAAAGACUGGGUGCACAUGCAGAAAAAUAAACGACCUCCUGUUUAAUAUGAAGCUUAAAUUUUUUAUUUAUUUAUAAUACAUUAUGUUUCAAAUAAACCUCCUCAAAGCCGUUUAUCACACACCUUUCGAUUUUAUGAUUCAUCAUUAUAGGGAUGUGGAUAUUUUCUAUAAGUUGACUCGUACAGGUCACUCUGCUGUCUGUACACCUUCUUCUUGUCGACUUCUGGUGGGCAUCGCUCGCUUUUGGGUUUGCGCUUGUCUUUGCAAGGAGGUGGGUGGCCUUUGUCGUGCUCUUUGGCUAUCUUCAAGAAGGGCUGGUCCUACAAUACCAAAAAAAUUAAACUGCAAAUGGUUAAAAUUUAUUUUUUAGUGCACGCUUCUAAAGAUAGGAGGGGAGUGAACAGGAAAUUACGGCAGAGAAAACUUUACCUUAUUUUGUAUUUAUUUAAAAAUUUAAGUGAAAACUAUAAUAGUAAUAAUAAUUGGUCCAUUAGAUUGUCAUUUAAGAAAGCACUACAACCAAUAAAACUAUAAACAAAACAAAAAAGAAGUAAAAAGAGACAAAAUAAUGAGGCAUAAGUAUGUAGACAGAAAAUUAUGUUUAAAGUAUCAAUUUUACUCCAGAAUAAUCAAACUGCACAUUACAAUCCAUAAUGUACGUAAUGAACAAAAAGAUAUGUCACAUAAAUUACCCAGUCAAUUAAGAUUGUUGCAUUUAAUACAAACCGGAGGGGACCGCCUAACCGGGUGUCUUGGCCGACGGAUUUCGUUCGGCCGAGGUAAGCGUCACGGACGCAGGCUAGAACUUGGAUGGGUGACCUAAGGCAGGCUUGGGAUGUGGCUGUGGCAGCCUACCAGACCUGGGUCGC